CCUACCUUCCCGCCGCUCCAGAGGGGCUCGCAGAGCUGAGGACGCGCGCGGCGCUGCUCAAGGUCUCUCUCUCAGCACCCUCGCCGGCCGGCAUCUGACACGGGUGUCAGGGGGCUCCGGGCGCCUUUCAGCAUCCCUUCCCCAGGCCGGCCGGGACUCCGCUACCCAGACGCCGCCGCUGCGGCCACCGCCCGAGGGGACCUGCGGACAGGACGCCGGCAGGAGGAGGGGUGCGCCGCGCCCGCCCAGAGCGUCUCCCCCGCGGCGCGGCCAGACCCGGGCCUCCAGGCCCCAGGAGCCCCGCUGUCUCGCCAAGUGUAUGGGACUGAAGUUCUUGGAGAAGGAAGCCCAACUCUUGAAGGUGAACUAUGACCACUUUACUCUUGGUGUUUGUGACUCUGAGGGUCAUCACAGCAGCCAUCUCAGUAGAAGUUUCAGAACCUGACAACUCACUGAGUGUCAGCAUCCCUGAACCGUCCCCACUGCGGGUCCUCCUGGGGAGCUCCCUCACCAUCCCCUGCUACUUCAUCGACCCCAUGCACCCCGUGACCACCGCCCCCUCCACCGCCCCCCUCGCCCCAAGAAUCAAGUGGAGCCGCAUUUCCAAGGAGAAGGAGGUGGUGCUGCUGGUGGCCACUGAAGGGCGGGUGCGGGUCAACAGCGCCUACCAAGACAAGGUCACGCUGCCCAACUACCCCGCCAUCCCCAGCGACGCCACCCUGGAAAUCCAGAACAUGCGCUCCAAUGACUCCGGGAUCUAUCGCUGUGAGGUGAUGCACGGCAUCGAGGACAGCCAGGCCACCCUAGAGGUCGUGGUAAAAGGCAUCGUGUUCCAUUACAGAGCCAUCUCCACGCGCUACACCCUGGACUUUGACAGGGCGCAGCGGGCCUGCCUGCAGAACAGCGCCAUCAUCGCCACGCCCGAGCAGCUGCAGGCCGCCUAUGAGGAUGGCUUCCACCAGUGCGACGCCGGCUGGCUGGCCGAUCAGACUGUGAGGUACCCCAUCCACACGCCGAGGGAAGGUUGCUAUGGAGACAAGGAUGAGUUUCCGGGCGUGAGAACCUACGGCAUCCGGGACACCAACGAAACCUAUGACGUGUACUGCUUCGCGGAGGAGAUGGAGGGCGAGGUCUUCUAUGCAACAUCCCCGGAGAAGUUCACCUUCCAAGAGGCAGCCAACGAGUGCCGGCGGCUGGGCGCCCGGCUGGCCACUACGGGCCAACUCUACCUGGCCUGGCAGGGUGGCAUGGACAUGUGCAGCGCCGGCUGGCUGGCUGACCGCAGCGUGCGAUACCCCAUCUCCAAGGCCCGGCCUAACUGCGGGGGCAACCUCCUGGGAGUGAGGACCGUCUACCUGCAUGCCAACCAGACAGGCUACCCUGACCCUUCAUCCCGCUAUGACGCCAUCUGCUACACAGGUGAAGAUUUUGUGGACAUCCCAGAAAACUUUUUCGGGGUGGGCGGCGAGGAGGCCAUCACCAUCCAGACGGUGACCUGGCCUGACAUGGAGCUGCCCCUGCCCCGAAAUAUCACCGAGGGUGAAGCCCGAGGCAGCGUGAUCCUCACGGCAAAGCCCGACUUUGAAGUCUCCCCCACCGCCCCGGAAACCAAGGAGCCUUUCACAUUUGUCCCCGAAGUAAGGGCCACUGCAUUCCCUGAAGUAGAGAACAGGACUGGAGAGGCCACCCGGCCCUGGGCCUUUCCCAGCGAGUCCACGCCCGGCCUGGGAGCCCCCACGGCCUUCACCAGCGAGGACCUCGUCGUGCAGGUGACCUUAGCCCCAGGUGUAGCCGAGGUCCCUGGGCAGCCACGACUGCCAGGGGGAGUCGUGUUCCACUACCGCCCCGGCUCCUCCCGCUACUCGCUGACCUUUGAGGAGGCCAAGCAGGCCUGCCUGCGCACCGGGGCCAUCAUCGCCUCGCCCGAGCAGCUCCAGGCCGCCUACGAAGCAGGCUACGAGCAGUGUGACGCCGGCUGGCUGCAGGACCAGACAGUCAGAUACCCCAUUGUGAGCCCGCGGACCCCCUGUGUGGGGGACAAGGACAGCAGCCCGGGGGUCCGGACCUACGGUGUGCGGCCACCAUCAGAAACCUACGAUGUAUACUGCUACGUGGACAGACUCGAGGGGGAGGUGUUCUUUGCCACACGCCUGGAGCAGUUCACCUUCUGGGAAGCCCAGGAGUUCUGUGAAUCCCAGAACGCCACGCUGGCCACCACGGGCCAGCUCUACGCUGCCUGGAGCCGUGGUCUGGACAAGUGCUACGCCGGCUGGCUGGCUGACGGCAGCCUCCGCUACCCCAUCGUCACCCCAAGGCCCGCCUGUGGCGGGGACAAACCGGGCGUGAGAACCGUCUACCUCUACCCCAACCAGACGGGCCUCCUGGAUCCGCUGUCCCGGCACCACGCCUUCUGCUUCCGAGGUGUUUCAGCGGCGCCCUCUCCAGAAGAAGAGGAGGGUAGUGCACCCACAGCAGGCCCUGACGUGGAGGACUGGAUCGUGACCCAAGUGGGGCCUGGCGUGGCUGCUGUCCCCGUCGGGGAGGAGACGACUGCAAUCCCAGGCUUCACCGUUGAGCCAGAAAACAAGACGGAAUGGGAACUUGCCUACACCCCAGCGGGCACGUUGCCACUACCAGGGAUCCCUCCUACAUGGCCUCCCACUGGAGAAGCAACAGAGGAGUACACAGAAGGCCCUUCUGGAACGGAAGUGCCCUCAGCCUCAGAGAAGCCGUUCCCUUCAGAGGAACCAUUCCUCCCAGAGAAACCAUUCCCCUCAGAGAAACCAUUCCUCCCAGAGGAACUGUUCCCCUCAGAGAAGCCAUUCCCCUCAGAGAAGCCAUUCCCCUCAGAAAAGCCGUUCCCCUCAGAGGAACCGUUCCCCUCAGAAAAACCAUUCCCCCCAGAGGAACUGUUCCCCUCAGAGAAGCCAAUCCCCUCAGAGGAGCCAUUCCCCUCAGAGAAGCCAUUCCCCCCAGAGGAACCAUUCCCCUCAGAGAAACCAAUCCCCUCAGAGGAGCCUUUCCCCUCAGAGAAGCCAUUCCCCUCAGAGGAGCCAUUCCCCUCAGAAGAGCCAUCCACACUUUCAGCCCCAGUGCCCAGCAGGACUGAGCUGCCAAGCUCUGGGGAGGUGUCUGGGGUGCCCGAAGUCAGUGGUGACUUCACAGGCAGUGGAGAAAUUUCAGGACACCUAGACUUCAGUGGGCAGCCCUCAGGGGAAAGUGCAAGUGGACUGCCCUCUGAAGACCUUGACUCCAGUGGGCUCACCUCUGCAGUGGGCUCAGGCCUGCCUGUGGAAAGUGGACUGCCUUCAGGGGAAGAAGAGAGAAUUACAUGGACCAGUGCUCCUAAAGUUGACAGGUUGCCCUCUGGGGGUGAGGGCCCAGAAGUUUCUGGAGUAGAGGACAUCAGUGGACUUCCUUCUGGAGGAGAGGUUCAUCUAGAGAUCUCUGCCUCUGGAGUAGAGGACCUCAGUGGACUUCCUUCUGGAGAAGAAGGUCAUCUAGAGAUCUCUGCCUCUGGAGUAGAAGACCUCAGUGGAAUUCCUUCUGGAGAAGGUCCAGAAGUCUCUGUUUCUGGAGUAGAGGACCUUAGUGGACUUCCUUCUGGAGAAGGUCCAGAAGUCUCUGUUUCUGGAGUAGAGGACCUCAGUAGACUUCCUUCUGGAGAAGGUCCAGAAGUCUCUGCUUCUGGGGUAGAGGACCUUAGUGGACUUCCUUCUGGAGAAGGUCCAGAAGUCUCUGUUUCUGGAGUAGAGGAUCUCAGCAGACUUCCUUCUGGAGAAGGUCCAGAAGUCUCUGCUUCUGGAGUAGAGGACCUCAGUAGACUUCCUUCUGGAGAAGGUCCAGAAAUCUCUGCCUCUGGAGUAGAGGACAUCAGUAGACUUCCUUCUGGAGAAGGUCCAGAAGUCUCUGCUUCUGGAGUAGAGGACCUCAGUAGACUUCCUUCUGGAGAAGGUCAUCUAGAGAUCUCUGCCUCUGGAGUAGAGGACCUCAGUAGACUUCCUUCUGGAGAAGGUCCAGAAGUCUAUGUUUCUGGAGUAGAGGAUCUCAGCAGACUUCCUUCUGGAGAAGGUCCAGAAGUCUCUGCCUCUGGAGUAGAGGACCUCAGUGUUCUUCCUUCUGGAGAAGGUCAUCUAGAGAUCUCUACCUCUGGAGUAGAGGACCUCAGUGUUCUUCCUUCUGGAGAAGGUCAUCUAGAGAUCUCUGCCUCUGGAGUAGAGGACAUCAGUAGACUUCCUUCUGGAGAAGGUCCAGAAGUCUCUGCCUCUGGAGUAGAGGACCUCAGUGUUCUUCCUUCUGGAGAAGAUCAUCUAGAGAUCUCUGCCUCUGGAGUAGAGGACAUCAGUAGACUUCCUUCUGGAGAAGGUCCAGAAGUCUCUGCCUCUGGAGUAGAGGACCUCGGUGUUCUUCCUUCUGGAGAAGGUCAUCUAGAGAUCUCUGCCUCUGGAGUAGAGGACCUCAGUAGACUUCCUUCUGGAGGAGAGGAUCAUCUAGAGACUUCUGCUUCUGGAGUAGGGGACCUUAGUGGACUUCCUUCUGGAAGGGAAGGUCUGGAGAUCUCUGCUUCUGGAGCUGGGGAUCUUAGUGGGUUGACUUCUGGAAAAGAAGACUUGACUGGGUCAGCUUCUGGAGCCUUGGACCUUGGCAGAAUACCUUCUGUAACUCUAGGAAGUGGGCAAGCUCCAGAAGCAAGUGGUCUUCCUUCUGGAUUUAGUGGUGAGUAUUCUGGGGUGGACCUUGAAAGUGGCCCAUCCUCUGGCCUUCCUGAUUUCAGUGGACUUCCAUCUGGGUUCCCAACUGUCUCCCUAGUGGAUACUACAUUGGUGGAAGUCGUCACAGCCACCACAGCAGGUGAACUAGAAGGAAGGGGAACCAUUGACAUCAGCGGUGCUGGAGAAACAUCUGGGCUGCCCUUCGGUGAGUUGGACAUUAGUGGAGGAGCAAGCGGACUCUCUUCAGGAGCUGAACUCAGUGGCCAAGCAUCUGGGUCUCCUGACAUCAGUGGGGAAACCUCUGGACUCUUCGGUGUCAGUGGACAGCCCUCAGGGUUUCCUGACAUUAGUGGGGAAACUUCCGGGCUUCUUGAGGUCAGUGGGCAGCCAUCAGGGUUUUCUGGAGAAAUAUCUGGCGUGACUGAGCUUAGCGGACUGGCCUCUGGACAACCAGAAAUCAGUGGAGAAGCUUCUGGAAUUCUUUCUGGCCUUGGUCCACCAUUCGGCAUAACCGACCUGAGUGGAGAAGCACCCGGGAUCCCUGAUCUCAGUGGGCAACCAUCGGGUUUGCCAGAGUUCAGUGGGACAACAUCCGGGAUCCCUGACCUGGUUUCCAGUGCUGUGAGUGGCAGUGGUGAAUCUUCUGGCAUUACGUUCGUGGACACCAGUUUGGUUGAAGUGACCCCAACGACAUUUAAAGAAGAAGAAGGCUUAGGAUCUGUGGAACUCAGUGGCCUCCCUUCAGGAGAGGCGGGUCUCUCAGGCACAUCUGGGCUAGUGGAUGUCAGUGGACUGUCUUCUGGAGAAAUUGACUCCAGUGGGUUUACGUCCCAGCCUCCAGAACUCAGUGGCCUGCCAAGCGGAGUAACUGAGGUCAGUGGAGAAGCCUCCGGAGCUGAGAGUGGGAGCAGCCUGCCCUCCGGAGCAUAUGACAGCAGUGGACUUCCGUCUGGUUUCCCCACUGUCUCUUUUGUAGACAGGACUUUGGUGGAAUCUGUAACCCAGGCUCCAACUGCCCAAGAAGCAGGAGAAGGGCCUUCAGGCAUUCUGGAACUUAGCGGUGCCCCUUCUGGAGCACCAGACAUGUCUGGAGACCAUUUGGGAUCUUUGGACCAAAGUGGGCUUCAGUCUGGACUAGUGGAGCCCAGUGGGGAGCCCGCAAGUACUCCAUAUUUUAGUGGGGACUUUUCUGGCACCACUGAUGUAAGUGGGGAAUCCUCUGUAGCCAUGAGCACCAGUGGGGAGGCCUCCGGACUUCCAGAAGUUACGUUAAUCACGUCUGAGUUGGUGGAGGGUGUUACUGAACCAACUGUUUCCCAGGAACUGGGCCAGAGACCCCCCGUAGCAUACACCCCCCAGCUUUUUGAAUCCAGUGGUGAAGCCUCUGCGUCUGGGGAUGUGCCAAGGUUCCCUGGAUCUGGGGUAGAAGCGUCAUCAGUCCCAGAAUCCAGCGGUGAGACGUCAGCCUAUCCCGAGGCUGAGGUGGGAGUGUCUGCUGCCCCCGAGGCAAGUGGAGGAGCUUCCGGGUCCCCUAACCUGAGUGAAACCACCUCCACCUUCCAUGAAGCUGAUCUGGAGGGAACCUCAGGCCCGGGAGCGAGUGGCAGCCCCUCAGCCUUUCCAGAAGGCCCCACGGAGGGCUUGGCCACCCCGGAAGUGAGUGGAGAGUCAACCCCUGCCUUUGACGUGAGCAUAGAGGCAUCAGGCUCACCUUCCGCCACUCCCCUGGCUUCUGGAGACAGGACUGACACCAGCAGAGACCUGUCUGGCCACACCUCGGGGCUGGAUAUUGUCAUCAGCACCACCAUCCCAGAAUCCGAGUGGACUCAGCAGACCCAGCGCCCUGCAGAGGCACGUCUAGAAAUCGAAUCCUCAAGCCCUGUGCACUCAGGAGAAGAGAGCCAAACAGCCGACACAGCCACCUCCCCGACUGAUGCUUCUAUCCCAGCCUCCGCAGGAGGGACAGAUGAUUCAGAGGCAACCACAACAGACAUUGACGAGUGCCUCUCAAGCCCUUGUCUGAAUGGAGCCACCUGCGUGGAUGCCAUCGACUCUUUCACAUGCUUAUGCCUUCCCAGCUACCAAGGGGACGUGUGUGAGAUUGACCAGAAGCUGUGCGAGGAGGGCUGGACCAAGUUCCAGGGCCACUGUUACCGCCACUUCCCCGACCGGGCAACCUGGGUGGAUGCUGAGAGCCAGUGCCGGAAGCAGCAGUCACACCUGAGCAGCAUCGUCACCCCCGAGGAGCAGGAGUUUGUCAACAACAAUGCCCAGGACUACCAGUGGAUCGGCCUGAAUGACAAGACCAUCGAAGGGGACUUCCGCUGGUCAGAUGGACACUCCUUGCAAUUUGAGAACUGGCGCCCCAACCAGCCUGACAACUUCUUUGCCGCUGGGGAGGACUGCGUGGUGAUGAUCUGGCAUGAGAAGGGCGAGUGGAACGAUGUCCCAUGCAAUUACCAGCUGCCCUUCACAUGUAAAAAGGGCACAGUGGCCUGCGGAGAGCCCCCCGUGGUGGAGCAUGCCAGAAUCUUCGGACAGAAGAAGGACCGAUACGAGAUCAAUGCCCUGGUGCGGUACCAGUGCACCGAGGGCUUCAUCCAGCGCCAUGUGCCCACCAUCCGGUGCCAGCCCAGCGGGCACUGGGAGGAGCCUCGGAUCACCUGCACGGACCCCGCUACCUACAAGCGCAGACUACAGAAGCGGAGCUCACGGCCCCUGAGGAGGAGCCGCCCCAGCACGGCCCACUGAGAGGAGCUUCCCGGACGUGCCCAGGACGCUGAGCCCAGAAGCCUGGCCAGGCUGACACCCCAUCCAGAUGGUGUCCUCUCCUUGUCGCUUUCUGUCAUAUAAGGAAUUCCAUUAAAGAAGGAAAAAAAAUAAACCCCACAUUGUGUAUGCACCCGCCCACCCCCCCAAAUCGCCAAAUCUGCAUCUAAUUUUCCCCUCAAACGCCAAAGCAAAGCAAACGUAUGGUAACCCAUGGACUGGAGUUUAGAGACGUUCCUUCAAUCUCCCAUCGUGCCUUUCCAGGGACCAGCACAGGGACAGGGGGAGAAGGGAAGGGGUUAAGUUAAAUAAAGAAGAUUAUUUUUUGUUUCCUGACUUUA